AUGGCAUCACAAUCUGCAAAUUUUUCACGUUCUGAAACUGUUUUAUUCGAAAAUCAUACUGAGGCUAAUCCAAUCCAAUUUUCAAUAUUACCUAAAGAAAAAAAAGUUGAAAAAGAAAAAGAAAAAUCUAGUUACUUUUCUCGUAGAACAUUUUCUGCAUCUUCGAUGUCUUCUAUAUUGAAUCCACCACAAUAA